AUGGCGGAGUUUGUUGCGGAUAGGAUGGGCAUCAAUGGCAAGCAGCAGCAGCAGCAGCAGCAACGGCCUCUACCCCGGACGGGUGCACCCCUUUGGGCUCUGCUUGAUUGGAUUCACCCUGGGGCAGAAUUACACUGGGAAGGUCGAGUGUCCAUGGCAACAUGCGGAUGGCGCGCCGUCAGCUGCAAAAUUGGCGGAUGCAGGAUGGACAACGACGCCAGGCACCAGAAGGCUGCCAUUUGCUGUCGGCGUGCAAUUUACACUGGCCCGGUGGUGUUGAUGACGCAGCUCGACAAUUGCAGCACCCUCUUUGUCACGCCGUGCACGCGAGUGGAUGGGCAUGGACGGCCAUGGAUGAUGAUGAUGAUGGCAACGGUGUUGAUGAGCCGUAGUCGUAGCCGUGGCCGUGUCAAUGUUGGAGAGCUGAGAGGCAAAUUUGGCUGGCCGUGUUUGUCCCCUCGUCGCGCUCGCUCUCGCGCUCAUGUUUUCGCGCACUGUGUUAUUAGCAAUAUUGCAGCCAUCCACACCCUUCCACCCUUCCACACCCGACUUGCCUGGAUCAGCAUCACCACCCUGGUGGCGAGACCCUCCCGCUGCACCCUCUCUGAUACGGCCGUCUCCCUAGCGCGUGGUCCAAACCUGCUUGCACUUGCAAUCUACUGCGACACCGCUACUCCCGCUCCUGCACACCAAAUUUCCCAUGGGUGA